AUGCUUCUUAUAAGCUUUGUCGCCGCACUCGUCCUCUCACUCAGUGUAUCUGCAGCCCCGACUGAAGAGAUCACCAAACGAGCUUCUGGUUCCGGCACCAACGGCUCGAUUUACAGAUAUGGCUCGGCAUCCGCAUGCCACGACAUCCUCAGGACCAGCGGUGCAUGCGGAAUCAGCACCUUCUUCACGAAUAUUGAUCCGAAGAAAUCCUUCGUCGCCAUGCCUUCUGAUAUCUUUGACAAAUACGGCCAGGCCCAGCAUAAUACCCUUUGCGGCAAGACCAUCACUAUGAAGCACAACGGUGUCACGAGAACCGCCAUUGUUGCGGAUCGAAACCUCAGCAACGACCACUCCAUCGACAUGUGCCUCGAUUUGUGGCAGGCUUUCGGAGGCCACGACGGCGAUGGUACUCUCAUCAAAAACUUCUCUUGGUCUAUCUAG